AGGUACAUCAGGCGCGCAUCGAGUGGCUUGCCCUCCUAAUUUAAACUGCAACUGUACACACAUUCAACAAACCGCGUGCGUGCGCCCUGGAGAAUAUUCUCUCCGCUCUCCGUAGGUGGGUAGGUACCUAGCUACGUUCGCGCUUAGCUUAGUAGAUAGACUGAGCGGCCGGACCGACUCGACGACGGUCUAAGCCGCAAUGCGCGGCCGCUUGGUUGAUUGUAGCGUGGACCGCGCGCGCACACGAAAGUGAUGAUGUCUUUCCGUUCAAUUUAAAAAUUAGACUGAUUUAGUAUCACUCGGACAACGGAAUCGGUCGGAACUGGGAAUAGUAGUCGUAGCCCGGCGUUCAUCUUCGCAGCUUUCGGUCGUAUACUUAGGAAACAAGGAAUCAUCAAGUACGGAGGAAAAUAACACCGAGAUAAGGUGCACUCUGUCGGAGGCGAUAAUUAGCUCUGUAAUGCUGACGGAUUAAUGGACGUGAAGUGUAAAUUGGAAAAACAAACGAAGGAAGGGCUCUGAAGGAUGCUUCAAUUGUGAUUGUGUUCUUUUAUCAAAGUGAAAAUUAGGCGCACAAUGCAGUGAUCGAAAAAUGAAGGUUGACGAAUAUGCCCAAUUGAUUACUAAGAGGCACGAAAAGGCAUCCAAAAAAUAGUGAUAAGAAAUGUAUAGAAGCAUCAAGUGUUAUCUUAAAAUAAAGGUGAUAUCAACGGAAGUUUUGUGCAAGAAUUCGACUUCAAUGUCUUAAUGAGGCGCGGUGUUAUCAUCCAUCACAUGUGAAUGUUGGCUUUUCUACGAAAUACUGAAAUCACGAGACAGGAGAACUUCGUGUUCACGUUGAAACAAAUAUCCGUUCCAGCCACCCCCCGCAUCCACCCACAUUGGCAACGACAAUGCUGAUGCCUCGACCAACGCUGACUGGGAAACGUGUGCUGCUAGCGCUAGGUGCACUGGUAACGCUAACGCUCAGCUACGCCAACGGAUUCGCCACGCUGCCUAGUGACAUGACGAAACGGUGCACGCUGGAGCGGUACCAGAAGAUGAUCGGAUACAACUGUGCCGACCUCAAGCUGAAGGAAAUUCCGCAAAAUUUGAAAAGUAAUCUACUGAUUAUUGAUCUCAGCUUCAACCGCAUCCGUGACCUAAAAACAUAUUCAUUUUCCCGAUAUACUGACGUCAAAUAUUUAUAUCUCUUCGAAAACAUGAUUCAAAACAUCGAAGAAGGAACGUUCAGCGAGCUGGCUAACUUGGAGGCCCUUGACCUAUCCAAUAACGCAUUGAACACAAUUCCCUUAGAACUUUUCCAUUUACCACUGCUGAGAAACCUAUACGUGGCGUACAACAAUUUGGCAAAUCUUGAGGAAGAUCUGCUUACGCUGGAAAAACCCAUUCGUGCACCCUUGCAGAUCCUAAGUCUUGCCGAAUGCUGGCUGAAGCGGCUGCCAAAUUUCGGGAUCCUACCGGACCUAUGGCAGCUAAACAUAUCUUCGAACCCGAUGACGGACCUAACGGUCGAUCAAUUCUCGCCAAUGUGCAACCUUCGAUCGCUGGAUCUGAACGCUACACAUGUACCAACAUGUUCAUGCCAACUGAUUACUAGUGAGCUGUCUACCAGGCGAACAGUCAUCUAUAAUAAGCAUCCGAACUGUUUUACAGAAUCAAUCAUCUGCCAACAAGAAUCGUCUACCCUUACACCGUCAACUAAAACGGACGAGUAUCAACAGUGCAUGGACGUCCGAAACACUCGCAAACUAGACACGGAGGCCAAAUCGGCCUGGUUUAAAAUAUCGCUAGGGGUUGUUGCGUGUAUCGUUUUGUUUUCCACAAUCCUCUGCUAUUUCCACCGACGGAACGCGAAAAAGAUGAAAGAAAAUAGCAAAAAGCAUAACACGGCGAAGAAUAUCACCCCUGUCCACAGGAUAUCGAUGGAGGAGGACGCACCGAAAGUCCUCGAGAAUGGAAAUCGUGAAAAACUUAUUACGGAUUGUGAUUAGCGAUGAACAGUAGUGGUAGUGAUAGACCCUUCACAUACUCUGUCCUCACGCCGGAAGUGCCGGAACCCCUUUCGAUCAAACAAGACUAACGAUCUUCGAUUAAGGCUAAUGAAACAAAAGUUGUAAAUAAUAGGUUAACAAUUAGCUAAGCACCUAGUUAGGAAUACUCAUCACGACUCAUGGAUAGUGCAGUACAAUUUUGCCAUUUUAAAAUUGAACAAAAAUCUUGCCACCUACUUUAUAUUGUAGUUAGAAUAUUUGUCCAAAAUUGGAACUUACCGCCAAAGAGAUGAAUUAAAUUUGCCAUGUUUUAUAGUGUUUAAAGAA